AUGGACCUGCUGCUGGUGGCAGUGGACAAGAGCACUCUCUCGGCACCUACGGUACUCCACUACCGGAAUGCCUCCUCCCUUGCCCUCCCCCGCCAACCUGUGCCAUCGCUGGCUCAAACCAUGAGCCAAUACCUGCACUCUCUGGAGCCCCUGGUGAACCCCAAGGACCUGGAACAGACACGGCAGCUGGUGGCAGCCUUUGAGGCCCCAGGCGGAGAAGGCGAGAGGCUCCAGGUGCGGCUGAAAUGCAGAGCGGCCCGCAUGGAGAACUGGGUCAGAGAUUGGUGGAUUCAGACAGCCUAUUUGGAGAAUCACCUUCCCCUGGUUGUUCACUCAAGCCCAGCUGUUGUCCUACCCAAGCAGGAUUUCAGUGACUGGAGAGGACAAUUGAGAUUUGCAGCCAAGCUCAUUGCGGGUGUGCUGGAUUUCAAGGCAAAGAUUGACCGCCAGACCCUGCUAGUUGAGUAUUCCCAUGGCCACCCGCUCACCAUGGAUUGCUAUUCUCGCCUCUUUGCCUCUUGCCGACUCCCUGGACGAAAACGUGACUCCAUUUUACUGCCUCCACCUGGACGGAAGCCCCCAAAUUAUAUUACCGUUGUUCGCAACUUCCAGUUCUUCCGGCUUGAAGUAUACAACAGUGACGGGACGCCCCUGACCAUUGACCAGCUCUAUCUGCAGCUCCUAAAAAUCCGCUCUUUUUCUUGGAAGAUGGAUAAAGAGCCCUUGGGGGUCCUCACCAGUGACCAUCGACAUACCUGGGGAGAGGCCUUCACUACUCUCAUGAAAGACAAGCUGAACCAGGAAUCGGCUCUGACGAUACAACGUAGCCUCUUCACCGUCUGCCUGGACGCCCCUAUCCUGAAGGUGUCCGACACUCACGCCCAAAGCCGUUUGGCAGCUCAAAUGCUGCACGGUGGAGGGAGCUAUUCCAACAGCGGCAAUCGCUGGUUUGACAAGACGCUGCAGUUCAUUAUCGGAGAAGAUGGCACCUGUGGGGUCCUUUACGAACAAGCCAUUGCUGAGGGGCCACUGAUUGCCACCGUCAUUGACUACGUCCUUGACUAUUGCAAAGAUCCAGUCAUGACACGCAGCCCAAUGAUCCCUCUACAGUUGCCCCAAAAACUUUAUUUUUCCAUCACUCCAGAGGUCAAGCGUGACCUUGAGCGUGCAAAGCAGAACCUGGAUGUCCUGAUCAGUGACCUGGACAUCCGCUGUUUCACCUAUGACGGCUUUGGAAAGGAGUUCCUCAAAAGCCAAAGCUUGAGUCCCGACUCGGUCGUCCAGGUAGUGCUGCAGUUGGCGUAUUACAGAGCACACGGGCAAUUGUGUCCCACCGCAGAGUCAGCCUCGCUUCGUCGCUUCCAUCAGGGCCGGUCAGAAGUCAUACGGUCUGCUACCUCGGCUGUGCUGGCCUUUGCCCAGGCAAUGGCUGAUGAGAAAUGCCAGGCCCCUGAAAGAUUAUCUCUCCUGAAAGAAGCAGCUGACUUCCACAGCACCCUCACAGAGCAGGCUCUGGAUGGGCAAGGCAUCGACUGCCAUUUGCUUGGGCUGAAAAUGGAGGCGAUAGCGGAUGGUUUCCAUGUGCCCGAGCUUUUUAUGGAUAUUUCCUACACCAUGGCUUCGUACUGGAAACUCUCCACAGGACAGGUGGCUUCCCGCACGGACUGCAUCAUGUGUUACGGGCCCCUCGUGCCUGACGGCUACGCUGUUUGCUACAACCCUUUGCCUUCCCAUAUUAAUUUUGCUAUCACC